GCCCAGUCCACGGACACCCACUUUCCCCAGCAAGCGAGCGGCUUUUCACACUGCCCGCUGUCCCCGACUCCACUCUCCUGUCUGCCCACGCCGCGCCGGGGAGCAAACCAAGCCAGCAAUGCCGGCGGCCGAUCCCCCCGCUGUCGCCGAUGCCGACGCCGCAGCGGCGCCGGACCAAGCCCCGCCCCCACCGCAGCCGCCACCCCACCCCCUCUCCCUCGCAUCCGCGAUCCCUUUCUGGUUCUACCUCGCGGCCGCCGUCUCCCUCCUCGCGCUCCUCCUACCUCACUUCUUGCCUCCCUCCUCCCACGCGCCCCCUCUCCAGCCCCCCCUCCUCCGCGGCCACCUUGCCUCGGGGCGCUUCCUCAAGCUCGACCCAUUCCCAGGCCUCUUCGCCGCCACCUCCCGCCCCGCCGGCGGCCCUCCCGCGCACCGCGUCCUCAUCCUCCCCGGCCUCGCCGCAGGAUCCUUCUCCUUCCGCCGCGUCCUCCCCGCCCUCUCCUCCCGGGGCAUCCUCGCCGCGGUCCUCGACCUCCCGGGCCAGGGCCUCUCCGCAACGCCGCCUGCCGCGGCCGCUCCCGCGCGCGCCAGCGCUCUCCGGGAGAUCAUGGAUCGCGGCGUCUUCCACGCCUUCGAGCACCUCGUCCAGACCGGCGAGGUGCCGUACCAGGAGCCCGCGGGCGUGGGGGCGCCGCCGCCCUCGUCCCCGUACGCACCCGCCGAGGCGGCCGCGGCCGUCGCCCGGGCCUUGGAGGCGCUCGGCGUCGCCCCCGUACACCUCGUGCUCCACGACUCCGCGCUCGCCGCCGGGGCCUCGUUCGCGUCGGCCAACCCGGGGGCGGUCCGGAGCGUGACGUUGGUUGACGCCACCGCGUCCCUGCCGGCGUUCCCGGCUGCAGUCUUCGACGUGCCCGUGUUGGGGAGGCUGGUGCUGCGGGUGCCGGCGCUGUUCCGUGGGCUGGUGCGGCUGUGCUGCGCGCGGGGGAUAGGGGCCGAGGAGGCUGAGGCGCAACGGGCGGCGAUGCGCGGGGAGGGGAGGACGGAGGGAGUGAUUGAGGCAUGGAAGGCGAUGAACCACAGCUUUCAGCUGGGGGAGUGGAGGGGUUCUUCGGAGGAGGUGAGGCGGCUGCCGAUGAUGGUGCUGUGGUCGGGUUCUUGGUCGGAUAUGUGGAUCGAUGAGGGGAAGAAGGUGGCAGCUGCGCUGCCGGAUGCCAAAUUCAUCUACCAUUCCGGCGGUCGCUGGCCUCAGGAGGAUGCCGCUGAGGAAAUCUCAGAGCUGAUAGCAGAUUUUGUGACCUCAUCAGAAGAAGCAGAAGGUGGUCGCAUUGAACAGCCAGUGGUAUGACAACCUUUCAGUACCAGAUUCAUGAUCAUGUUCAAGGAUCAAGGUUCUGGUUGUGAAAAUGCCUUAUGGGCAUACAGAGUCUCGCUCAACCAAGAUGAUUUGCUCUUUCUUGUACAAGUUGUAGCUCCUGCCAGCAGGAAAUGCUCACCUAAGUGCGGACAUCAUGUUCAUGUACGAUAUCCUCCUUCGAGGAUCGUUGAACAAAUGCACCCAUAGAGCUCUUGUGUUGGUCUUUCAGUUGAUGCUGUGACAUGUGUACCUUGAGAUGUUUGUUUUAGGAGAGUUUCUUAUUGUGCCGUCUGUAACUUACACUGCUGUACUUUGUUGCUAAAUGGGUAUUGAUACUUGCUGUCCUGCAUGCAUUGUAAAACGGCGAGAUACUCAUGCUAGCAUUUGUGUUUUUACCAAACAUGUCCUAUGGUAGUAUGUACUCAUUUUAGCAUUACUUUGAAGACAACAUAUUCUAUUCAAUCACUUUUCGGGGUGCAUUCA